CGCCGACGGGAAACGAUGAUGAUGUUAUUGCUCGUGGCGGGCGCCGCCGCGCUGGUGGCGCCGGGCUCUAGGCCAUCAGGUGCUGUGGCGUGUAGAGGGGCUGCUUACGAUUACUGCGUCCAGGCCCUGGGCUGCACGGCGGCGGAGGCGACCAAGGCCGAGGGAGCGCUGUUGCCGAAUAUUGCCGAGAGCAUGACUCGCACGCAAAUCGAUUGCGUGUGCGAUUGGCUACAGUCCUCGCUCGACCUGAGCGACGCGGAGCUGAAGAAGAUGUUUCUGACGUUUCCGCAUAUUCUGGGCUUGAGCGUCGAAGCGACCUUGGAGCCGAAAUUCGAUUGGCUGCAGAAGCGCCUCGACCUGGGCGACGCGCAGUUGAGGAAGCUGGUUAUGACGCGCCCGCAACUGCUGGGCUUGAGCAUCGAGGACAAUCUUGCACCGACGCUCGAGUGGUUGCAGACACGUCUCGACCUGGAUGAAUCGGGGCUAAGGAAGAUGGUUCUGGCGGUUCCGUCACUGCUGGGCUACAGCGUCGAGGACAACAUGGCGUUGAAGCUGGAGUGGCUGCGGAGGCGCCUCGACCUAGACGACGCGGGGCUGAGGAAGGUGGUUCUGGGGCGUCCGCAACUGCUGGGCUUGAGCGUCGAGGACAACGUGGCGCCGAAGCUUGACUGGCUGCAGACGCGCUUCGACCUGGACGACGUGCAGCUGAGGAAGAUGGUUCUGACGCGCCCGCAACUGCUGGGCUUGAGCAUCGAGGACAAUCUUGCACCGACGCUCGAGUGGUUGCAGACACGUCUCGACCUGGAUGAAUCGGGGCUAAGGAAGAUGGUUCUGGCGGUUCCGUCACUGCUGGGCUACAGCGUCGAGGACAACAUGGCGUUGAAGCUGGAGUGGCUGCGGAGGCGCCUCGACCUAGACGACGCGGGGCUGAGGAAGGUGGUUCUGGGGCGUCCGCAACUGCUGGGCUUGAGCGUCGAGGACAACGUGGCGCCGAAGCUUGACUGGCUGCAGACGCGCUUCGACCUGGACGACGUGCAGCUGAGGAAGAUGGUUCUGACGCUUCCGUCACUGUUUAACUAUAGCGUCGAGGCCAACCUGGAGCCGAAGCUUCAUUGGCUCCAAACGCGCCUCGACCUAGAUGGCGAGCAGCUGAGGAAGGUGGCAGGAUGUGUGUCGGUACUGAGUACGAGCAUUGACAUUCUAGAGUCAAAGCUCGAGUGGCUGCAGACGCGCCUCGACCUGGACGACGCGGGGCUGAGGAAGGUGGUUGUGGCGUUUCCGCCACUGCUGGGACUGAGCGUCGAGAACAACAUGGAGCCAAAGUUGUGCUUCUUCGAGGAGGAACUAGGUCUCUCUCCGUCCGAAGUGCGCGCUUCAAUAGUAUCCGCUCCAUCUCGUCUGGGCCGCAGCCUUAAAACACGGUACCGGCCCCGACUCGAAGUCUGCCGCGCCGCCGGUGUCGAUGCCUCCCUUGUCCUCUCCUAUGCCACCAUAGUGGACGAAAAGUUCUGCAAGCGCGCCCGCAUCCCCCUCGAGGCCCUCCGUGCGGCCCAGGAGAAGCGCCCUCCCGGAUAUCGCCGUCCGCUCUGUUCCAAGGAGGCCGAUAUCACUGUCGCCGUCGCGCCAUGCGCCCCAGCGGCGUUCCUCGUGCCGCCGCGCCCGCGGAGAAGAGCCGCCGCGCCGCCGCGCCGAGCGCUCAAGGGUGACUCGACGAUCACGGUGCUGCACCAGUUUGAAUCCGUCGUCCUCGACCCCGCGCUCGCCGCCGAUGGCAACUUUUGGAUCUACGCGUUAGUUGUGGUUGAGCAGGGCGGUUUUCCACUUAACGUCCUCGGCGACCCCGAGGCGUCCGCAACGGACCUGCUGAUGGGCGGCGGCGCGGACGAGACGGACGCCUACGACUACGAGGGCGUCGUCUUCGAAGCCACGCCCGUCGACGCGCCGCCCGGGAAGGCGGCCGCGCUCGUCGUCGCCGACGCGACCUUCACGGCGAUGCCGGAGGCGGCGUGGCGACGGUUCAGGACCGUCAUCGCCGUGGGCGGGGAUACGGACUACGGCGACGAGGACGCCGGCCUCAUCGCGGUCUCCUCGAUGGGCGAGCUCCGCGCGCUCACGAUAUGCUCGUACGCGAGCCUGAACAAGCGGGCCUAA